AUGGACGACAACACCCUCAAGGCAGCGAUCCGGGCGAUUAUGGACGACACGGAGGUGCCGCCGAACAAGCGGCUCGACCGCUUGACCACUUUCUUGAAAGAGAAUGGUUUGGCAUACUCCACGAUGUUGUGCCCCAACGACUUCCUGGUCCAUCCCCACAAUAGAGGAGGGGCUAUGAUCAAUGCACUGGACGUGCAUGACAAAGGCCAAAAGAUUCUCGAGUUAGGAUUCAGAAGGUCUCUUCUCACGGACUCGAUUUGUUUCGAAUUGAGCCCGCAUGAGACCCAACGACGGGUGCAAGUGGAGGCGAACGAGGCCCUUGUACAGAAGUCUUCGGGCUUGCUCGCCCCACUCCAGGGAAGCGAGCGGUAUAUGACGGUGUCCUCCAGCCACACCACCGCCUUUUUGAAGGCCUCCCAGCACCGGUGCAAAAGGCCAGGUGCUGCUGGCGGCUUUUUGAACCUCGAGGACGAGGCCCUCAAAGAGGCGGUCUCGAAGGGAUGGCCCUGGCUUGUCCUUUCUUGGCGAGCGGAAUUUCUGGUGCCAACCUUGCCAGCCUUCGUCCAGAUGGUGCUGAACAGUGUGCACUCGGUUGGACUCGGCAUCCAAGAGAUGGAAGCGGCUCAACAGGUUGCCUUGCUGGUCUCCUCCGGUCAGAGCUUCAAAGAUGCCGUUCAGUCUGUCAAGGCUUCGAGACCCGCCUGCCACUCCUACAUGGACUUCGUAGGCCUGUAUGUGCAGAAGUUUGGGGGAGGACCGGACUUCCCGCUCAUCAGCUUCUUGUCGGAUUUCUGCAAAGAGCUGAGUAUCACAGUCUGCAUCGGAGAGGAAUUGUUUAAGGCGGUUACCUCGUGGGACUUGCAGGAGCCAAGUACCCAAUUCCCCUUCCUCAGGGCUAGCCUUCUUGCAUGCCAGCUCACGAGCCCCAAGAUUGUAGACGGAACGGCCCGGUUGCUCCUCAAAUCGGACUUGGACAGGCUGAAAGGUGCCAAUGUUCGGCAGAACCUCUUGCAAGCCGAGCAGAUGGUGGCUCAUGCCUACCAAGUGUACGUGGAUUCCGGGAAGACAACGGUCGUUCAACGAGCUUUGGGGCUCAUGAUGGUUCGCCUGAGCUUGAUCUUGGUCAAGAAAGAGAAGCUGGGCCGCGAGAAGUUGGAGGUGUAUCGUAGCCCGGAGCACGUAGCCCAGCUCUUUGCCACAGAAGCCACGAACAGUGCAGCUUCUGCCAGUGCGGCAAAAGCCGACGGGAAGGAUUCAGAGGAGGAGCCGGCCUUGGACCUCUUGGGUGCCUUGAGUGUAGGAGAGCAGGCUUUGUUGCAGAACAAGCACUUGAAGAAAGAUGGCAGAUACGUGCAUGCCGACUACCCAGAGAAGAUCUUUGUUUUCACGGGUCUCGAGAACGACGAGGCCCAAUUCGUGCACACCCCCCUUUAUGGCUCCCCCGAAACCGUCUUGGUGCCCCCUGACCUUUUCCGCAAGUGGAAGGCGACGAGGCUGCCACUUCCCAGGGUUUUGGCAAAGGAUGCAGCCGAAGGGCUCAUGUAUGGAAAGUCUUCCGUUUUGGCCGAGGCCGAGUUGCUUGCCGAGGCCCAACAGAUGCUCUUCAAGCUCUACCAGGAUCACAACUCCGGCGAUUCGGCGGCCUUGGACAUCGUGACCCCCACGAACAUUUACACUUCAAUCAGCUUCCCGGCUCACAAGCUCAAGCUCGUCCCCUUGGCAAUCUUGUCCAAGCCGAAAGAUGCUUCGAAACUCACUUUGUUUGUGGAGUGGAAAGGUGCCAAGUUUCAGUUGUCCCCGUGGCCACAGCUCAAAGACUUCGACGAGACUAUCGCCUUAAGCAGGCCGAAGUCCACGGAAGUUAUCGUGCCUUUCUACUUUGUGAAGACGACGUCCAAGGAAGAGGAUGUGAGCAUGACGAUUUCUUGGAAGACGUUGGAUGGGAUGAAGCUUCCCAUGCUCACGAAUGUGAAGAAACUUUCGGCCCAGACUAUCUUGUUGCAGGCCAGCAAGGACUUGCUGGAGAAGAAGGAUGGUUUUGCUGUUUGGGCCUUUGGUCUCAUGGUGACGAUUGGAACGAGCACGAGUCUCACGUGGCGGGAUCGCCAAAUAGUUGUGCCGCCGGAGCUCAUCGUCAGCAUCGGGGAACUGAACUACUUGAAAGUUCAGCCUUCGAACCGAACACUCAUGAAGUUGCUGCUUGGUGCCAGAACCGCCGGUAGCCUGACCUCGUCCCCUGGGCUGCAGCAGCUGAGACAGGGCAGGGAGGAUGCAAUCGCCAAGGCAAUCAAGGAAGAGAGCAAAGAAAAAGGAAGUGGUGCUGACGACCUUUUCACAGAACCGAAAAUUAAAAAACCCACCAAGCUAGCUUCCACCACCCUUGAGUUCGUGAUGGUGGACGGUCUCCAGAUCGGCUUGCAGCAGAAGCACAAGGCGAGCACAGAUCUCUUAGUUCUGAUGGAGUCGGAUACUUUGGACAAAGUCUUCACCAAGAUCACUGAGGAUGCAGAUCCGGAAGAAAAGCGCCGUUACAAGAGACGUAGGGUCGCCGAGAAGAAGGAGAACUCCGACGAGCCGAGUGAGCAUUCGGAUUGA